UUGGGCUAGGGCUUGGUUCUCGUCGGUGCUCGAGCGUGCUCGGUCGAGAUCUUCAUUCCAAGUUCACGCACGCGUGACCUUUUCGCGAUGACGCACUCCUCAUAGCUUUAAUAUUUGGAGCGCGCGCUUUUCGAUUCUCGAAUUGCUGGAGCUUCUUGAGCCCCUCGCGCCGGGCAGCGAGCAAGAUGGCUCUCGUGGAGUACAUGGACGACGAGUUUGAUGCGGUGGAUUUUGAUGACGAUGAGGAGCUUCUUUUUGGACGCGAUAGGGGUGGCUUGGAUUCGGACUCCGAGAACGAUGAUGAUAUGGAGAGCAAAGAGAAGGAUACUACCGCUGCUCAAGCUAGAAACGGUAAGGACAUUCAAGGAAUACCAUGGGGAUUACAAUUUACAAGGGAGAAGUAUCGGGAGGCAAGGCUGCAGCAGUACAAGAAUUACGAGAAUCUGGAGCAUUCUCGUGAGGAUUUAGAUAAGGAAUGCAGGGAAUUUCAGAAAGGAAGGCGAUUUUACGACUUUCGUCUCAACAAGAGGUCUUUGAAGUCGACGAUAGUUCACUUUCAGCUACGGAAUUUAAUAUGGGCAACCAGCAAACAUGAUGUUUAUCUUAUGCAAAACUUUUGUGUGCUUCAUUGGUCUCCGGUUUCUCAAAAGGUUUCUCAGGUUCUGAAUGUUAAUUCUCCUCCGCCUCCUGAGAGGACGUCAUUUGCGUCUUCGUAUUCUCAAGGUAUAGGCCGAGUGCAGAUUAGCACGAUGUGCGUGAAGGAGAAUCUGCUUGUUGCCGGUGGCUUUCAGGGUGAAAUGGUGUGCAAGAAUCUCGACCAACCUGGAGUAUCAUAUUGUGCAAAGAUCACGCAUGACGAAAACGCCAUCACGAAUGCCAUCGAGAUCUACAAUUCUCCGAGCGGCCCAACUCGCCUGAUGACCUCGAACAACGAUGCAGUAGUUCGAGUUUUUGACGCAGAAACUUUUGCUGUCCUUGGUCGCUUCUGUUAUUGCUGGCCUGUUAACCACACGUCCGUCAGCCCGGAUUGUCGAAGUAUUGUUGUCGUUGGUGAUAACACGGAAGGCCUACUUGCCGACGCUUCAAGUGGAAAGGUGAUAGCAACGCUCAAAGGCCAUCUUGAUUACUCUUUUGCUUCGGCCUGGCAUCCAGACGGCCGAAUCUUCGCGACUGGAAACCAGGACACGACUUGCCGGCUGUGGGACGUAAGAAAUCUAAGCUCCUCGUUGGCCAUCCUCAAGGGACGGCUGGGAGCGAUACGCUCCCUCCGCUUCACAGAGGACGGACGUUUCAUGGCCAUGGCCGAGCCGGCGGACUUUGUCCACGUCUUUGACACAAGGCAGGACUUUAUGCAAAGCCAGGAGAUCGAUCUGUUUGGGGAAAUCGCAGGGAUUUCCUUCAGCCCGGACACGGAAGCUCUCUACAUCGGUGUGGCCGAUCGGAUCUACGGGAGCUUGCUCGAGUACAACCGAUGCCGCGAGAACUGGUACCUUGACUCCUUCGUGUAAGUGUAGAGGACGGAGUAAUCUGGCUGGAGUUUUCUAUAAAGUUUGGAGGUGGUCGCUCGGUCGCUCGCAAUUAAAUGUUUGUGUGCUUGUUGUGUAUAUAUGUAAGUUGCGCUUCGCGGCUUUUUCAAAUAAGCGCAUCUUGGGCGAAUAUCCGGACCAGUUUAAAUACUUAAAAGAGGGAGGCUUGUCUGGCAUUU